AUGUUCAACAACCUCGUGUGGGCGAGUCUCGCGACUUCGCUGCUGGUCCAGCCCCUGAGCGCGGGCCUCAUCCCGGUCCGCCGGCAGUCCACCUCCACCACCUUCAAGUCCACCGGCAACCCGAUCCUCGCCGAUGGUUCCGUCUACUCCGCCGACCCGGCGCCGCUCGUCGUCAAUGACACCCUCUACAUCCUCUCCGGCCGCGACGAGGCCGGCCCCAACGAGAACGGCUUUGUCAUGAACGAAUGGCAAAUCUUUGAGGCCAAGAAUCCGGAUCCGGCCGGCGCUGACUGGACCCUCCACCGCGACGUUGCCCAGCCCAACUCAAUCUUUUCCUGGGCCGCCCAGGGCACCGCCUACGCCAGUCAGAUUGUUCAGGGCCCGGAUGGCAAGUUCUACUUGUACAGUCCCGUCACCCAAAAGUCCACCUCCGCGUCGGACCCCUUCGCCAUCGGCGUCGCCGUCUCUGACAGCCCUCUCGGCCCCUUCAAGGACGCCCACCCGAGCGGUCCCAUCAUCUCCCAGACGGUCCCCUCCCCCGGCAACAACAUCCAGAACAUUGACCCGACCGUCCUCGUCGACAAUGGCAAGGUCUACAUCUACUUCGGCACCUUCGGCUACCUCAAGGGCUACGAGCUGGACACCGACAUGGUGACAAUCAAGGGCUCCGUCGUCGACGUCGACUCCCUCACCGGCUUCUUCGAGGCCCCCUGGCUCAUGAAGCGCAACAGCACCUACUACAUGCUCUACGCCGCCAACAACGCCGGCGCAGACUCCCCCUGCACGCCCACGAGCUACCACGCCUGCCUCGCCUACGGCACCGCCGAGUCCCCCCUCGGCCCCUGGACCUUCCGCGGCGUCUUCGUCGACAUCGUCUCCUCCACCACCUCCCACCCGGGCGCCUACCAGCUCUCCAACGGCGAAUGGGGUCUGGCCUACCACACCCGCGACGCCGAGGGCGGCACGCACUUCCGCCGCUCCGUCGCCAUCGACAAGAUCACCUGGGAUGACUCGGCCUCCCCGCCGGCCAUUAACAAGAUGGUCCAGACCAAGCGCGCCGCCGCCGCCGCCGAGCCGACGCGCAACAUCGCGCCCAAGGCCGUCGCUUCGUCGGCGGGCGAGACCCCCAUCCAGUACUGGAUCAAGUCCAUCAACGACGGCCGCGUCGAGGAGGCGCCCCUGCCGCCUGACUACUGGUCCUCGUACAACGCCGAGCAAUCCCCCGAGACGAGCACCCUUACCUUGACCUGGAACAGCACCGUCGAGCUCAACGGCGUCGCGCUGGCGCUGUUUGCUGAUCAGGAUGCCGGUGCCAAUGUGGGUGUCGCGCCGCCCAAGUCGUGGACGGUCGAGUACCAGGACGGCACCUCGUGGAAGGCUGUCUCUGCCACGUCGUUCCCGACAGAUGUCUCGGAUACGCCCAAGGAGGUCAGCUUCACGACUGUUUCGACCAAGGCCUUGAGGGCUGUUUUGACCGCCUCUGGAAGCGGUGGGCAGUUUGCCGGUGUCGCUGUCAAGGAGUUCUUUGCGUAUGCGCCUACCGCUGCGUGA